UUAAAACACUUGGAACGAUCAUCAGUUAAGUAAUCAUAAUGAUAAUAAUAAUGAAUAUACACGUGAGCACAUUAUUAUUCAGUUAGUUGGUUUGUUAGUUUCAGUUAUAAACUACUGUUCAACGAGUUAAAAUGUCAGGACAAAGUGGAGAUGUCGAAAAAAAGAGAGCAACUUUUGGCAUGGGAUGCUUUUGGGCAGGUGAUUCACUAUUUGGAGCAACACCUGGAGUUUUAAGAACGACUGUUGGAUAUGCCGGUGGUACAAAAUACUCACCAACUUAUAAAAAUAUGGGAGAUCAUACGGAGGUUACUGAUAUUGAUUAUGAUCCUUCAAUAAUUUCAUUUGAACAAUUGCUUAAUUUAUUUUGGAAAUAUCACGAGUAUGGUUUGACAACAAAAAUUAAAACCCAGUAUGCUUCAUUGAUACUUUAUCAUGAUGAUGAACAAAAAUUAUUGGCUGAAAAAUCAAGAGAUCAUUUACAGAAGAAAACAAAGGAUCAAUUAACAACAACUAUUAAAUCAUUUGAUCGAUUUUAUCCAGCUGAAGAUUAUCAUCAAAAAUAUCGUUUACAAUCGCAUCCUUGUCUGCUGAAAUCAAUUGGUCCAAAAACAUCAGAAAAUUUACAAACAUCAACAUUAGCUGCAAAAUUAAACGGUUACAUUGCUGGUGCAUCAACACUUGAAGAGUUUCAACGUGAUAAAUUAAUUGCAGAAAGACUUAAUGAAGAAGAAUAUCAUUAUUUAAAAGAUUGUCUAAUUAAAAAUCAAGCAAGUGGACUUUAUUGUUAAAUCAUGUUGCAAGAUUAAUUUUAAAUAGCCAAUUGAUUUCUUUGUAAAUUGGUUACACUGUAACUUUUUUUUUUUAAAUCACAAAUAAGUUACAGAAUAAAUUAAAAGAAAUCAGCCUUCAAUUGUAAUUCCAAAUUAAUUCUAAUUAUUCACUGUUGUUAUUAUUUUUCUAUACACUUGUAACAACUUGAUGAUUAAUUUAUUAAAAUAACCAAUUUGAAUAUUAUAAUAAAAUAAAAAAUUCUUUGGAACUGUUG